CUGGCCUCUUCUGCCGGAUCGCGCCGUCUCCCGCUGUCGCCGUCUUCCACCAUACUGAAGCGGCCGCCGCCAACAGGACGCCUCCACCCCGCCCCGCCCCGUCCCAUCUUCCAGCACCCGGAUCAGUGCAUGCAGACGUACGAGCAGCAGCUGAUCAGGGCAUGCAGACGUAGUGAGCUCGAUCGGGACCUGAUAAAGUGACAAGUGCAUGCAGGCGUACUGAACCUGGAGAAGCAAGCCUCUGCUUGCAAGGUACUGUACGCUGCAGCAGCAUUGGGAUAUACUAAUAUACUAGUAAUAGGCAUCCAGCAAAGUACUACUGUAUGAUUUGUCCCAGAUUAGUUCCAUUUUAGUUUUAGUUAUAAACCAUUUAGUAUAGUACGUGAAAGUCGGCCCUCUAGUUAGUACAGAAGUAUUUUCUUUCUCUGCUGUAGUUUCCAAACGUUGGUGUUGCUGGCGUUUGGUUAAUCCAAUCCAGUCGCAAUGGAUUCUCUGCCAACCUUUUAAACUCCAUUGCUUCACUUCUCUGCAUGCCGCAGGUACUAACAAUUGUAAUCUAGCUGCAUUUCAUCACAAAUUCAAUGGCAGAUCGCAGGCUGGGGCUGCCCAAUCUGGCCCUGCAGCUGGUGGGGAUCUUACCGGAGGUCCAGAGGCCUAGCAGCACGGUCCCUCACCGCCAGAAGCUGGCUUACACGGCCGUCUCCCUCCUCAUCUACCUUGUCGGCAGCCAACUGCAUGUGUAUGGAUAUGGAGUCCGUUCUCCAUCGGCUGCUGAAUCUCAGUACUGGGUUGACAUGCCCGACCUCAACUCCGUUAUGUGUGACGGGAUCAUGCCCCUCGUUCUGUCCGAGAUGUUGCUUCAUUUGUUGCUGCGGUUGAAGGUUCUUAGGGUGAACAAUCAUGAGGACCGGACGCUCCUGAAUCGGGUGCAGAAGUUCCUUGGGGUAGUUUGUGCCGCUUAUUUUUCAAUAUGCAGGGUGCUAAUUUCAACUAUCUUGGGCAAACUGACCAUAGCGCAGUCAAUUCUGAUCGUGCUUCAGCAUUUCUUUGGAUGUGUCAUCAUCAUUUAUGUUGAUGAUCUCCUUAAAAAGGGAUAUGGGUUUCUUUCGAGUAUCCCCUUGUUCAGUGCCACCGACAUCUGUGCAAGUAUUUUCUGGAAAGCUUUUAGCCCCGGAGAAGGAGCUGUGACUUCCUCCAUUAUUAAUGGAAACUACAAAUUGUCUUCGAUGCAUAAAGUGUUGGGCAGUCUAGACCUUCCGGAGAUGGCUAGUAUGCUCACCACGUGCGCCUUCUUUCUAUUCGUCCUCAGCCUGCAAGGCUUCCAUGUCAUGUUGCCAGUGAGAUCCAGUGAGGAGGCUAGUAUGCAAAUGAACUAUGCCAUCAAGCUUUCCUACUUCUCCUUUGCACCCCUACUCUUCCAUGAUGCAUUGGCCAUAUUCCUAUACUUCAUCUCAGAGUUGUUACGCGUGAAAUUUGGUGAAAACAACAAGGUGGUCAAUUUGCUGGGCAAGUGGAAGAAAUCACAAUGUUUUGGGCAAGCAGUUCCAGUCAUUGGCUUAGCCUACGACAUGACCACACCACCAACCUUGGCUGACGUAGGAAGACACCCAUUCCACACACUGGUUUGUGCGCUGUGGCAGCUUCUGGGGUGUGGCCUCGUGUCAUUGUCCUUUUUCAGUGUUUGUUCACAUUCAGAGUUGUACGUUGGCAGGUUGCUUGGGGGGCGACGGAAUGCAACAACUGCCCAGCCGGACUCUGUUCCUCUGCUGCUAUGGAGGUGCUAUGUCGGUAAGGCAGCGUUUCUUGUGGGACUCUGCAUUGGUGCACUUAGGCUUCUGGCAGGCCUUGCCGGCGUGGUCGGCUCCGGCACCGGGAUCAUGCUCGCCGUCACUGUCUUGUACUCCUGCUUCGAAGAGACCAGCCUUGGAGGAAGGCCGGCUGGUGCCUUCGGUUUCUGAAAGUUUCAGUCUGGAGUUGGUUGGAGUUAAUGUUGUUAGUGUUAUAAGUUAUACUAAAACGUUAUUGGCGCUCCUUCUCAUCAUCAUCACAGAUAGACAAGGA